AUGCACAAAGACACGAACCGACCGGGACAGAAUGUACUUGCAAAUGGCAUUUCUCCUCCAGCCUCAAUUGCUUUGUUUUCCUUUCAGGCAUGCAGUUUGCGGAAGCUGUUUACUGUGGAAGAGGAGUUUGAAGAUGAGGAUUUCUUAUCUGCUGUGGAGGAUGUAGAGAACCAGUUUGCUGGCUCACUACCUGUGAAUGCUGGGCGCCUACGACCUGUUUCUUCCAAGCCACAGGAGACUGUGCAGGGGCAGUCCUCAACGAGACUACCAUUACAUCCCACUGCUUCUUCAGAGGCUUUGAGAUUGCCAACCCUGGGACUCUGCCUCCCAACCUCCAGCAUGCCCAGAGCCAUCAGAGAUCCACCUUCUACAGAAACUGUCCCCAUAAGCCCUGCCUCAGCUUCCAGCAGCUGGACUGGCAAUCAGAAAAGAAUGAYGCUGCCAGAAGUGCCCCAGUCCUCAGCCUCCCGCCCCCUCCUCACCUUUGAGAGCCAACAGCAGGGAUUGGGUGGUUUUGAGGGGCCUGAACAAGACGAAUUUGAUAAAGUCCUGGCAAGCAUGGAGCUGGAGGCAGCUGGCAUGGAGCUGGAACUUGGUGUUAGCAGUGAGGCCACACAAAUCUCGCCUGCCCAGCACCAGGAGGACACAAUCUUGGCUAAAAAGGCCCGGGUAGCUGAUCUGAGUGGAUCUUGCCAGCAGGGGCCCAUGUCUGCCACCCACAAAACAGGUGUCAUGUCAGCCCUGGAUGAGCCUCUAGAGCCUGUUUCCCACUGUAGGACUCCAUGGCCCUGCAUGAAACCUGGUGCUGCAGGCAACCUUCCUAUGCCAACUGCUUUAGUAGUUCCUACUCAGCAACCCCACUGGGAAAUCUGUCCCCAAACCCCCCCUGUUCCCAUACCCCGGCCUCUCCAAGUUGCUGGAAGACCUCUUCAGAGCAGCCCUCAAAAUCGUUUGCCUGGUCAGCCAUUUCAGUCUCCUAGUGCCUGGUUAAGUGGCAAACCUCAUUUUCCUAGACCUCGAACUCCCAACUCCAGGUCUACUCCCUCGAAGACCAGCUCUGUGGUCUCUCUUUGGGAUCCCUUGCAAUCCCGAGCCCCAGUGUCUUCUGUUGAGUCUCCUGUCAGCAACCCAAAAGGUCCCCAUUCCUCCCCAAAGGUUCCCCAGGCAGCUCUGCAGACCCCCAUAGUCACCAACCACCUGGUGCAGCUGGUCACUGCUGCCAACCGGACUCCCCAGAAGCCCACUCGCCCCUCCAYCCGAGCCAAAUUGCGCCGCUUCCCUGGCCCAGCAGGACUCCUACCUCACCAGCAUAGUGGGAAGAAUCUGGAGGAAAUCAUGGUUUCCACACCCCAGACUCCAGCUCAUGGUGCUCUGGCUAAAUUCCGGACAGAGGUUGUUGUUAGUUCCCAGUCAUCAGUGGAGGAGGAUUUUGAGCGAGGGCCCUGGCUGACCAUGAAAUCUUCUCUGGGCCUGGAUGAGAGAGACCCAACCUGCUUCCUUUGUACCUAUAGCAUCAUCAUGGUACUGCGGAAGGCAGCCUUGAAGCAGCUCCCCAGGAACAAGGUCCCCAACAUGGCAGUGAUGAUCAAAUCCCUGACUCGGAGUACAAUGGACGCCAGUGUGGUUUUCAAGGACCCUACAGGAGAAAUGCAAGGGACCGUGCACAGGGUACUGCUGGAGACACGCCAGAAUGAGCUGAAGCCUGGCUCAGUGCUGUUGCUGAAGCAGAUUGGAGUGUUUUCUCCUUCACUCCGAAAUCACUAUCUCAACGUGACACCCAACAACCUGGUCCAUAUAUACAGCCCAGAUUMUGGGGACGGGAACCUCAAGCCAUCUCAGCCUUUCUCCAAGGAUCCAGGAAGCUUCCAUGAUGGCCUCCAGCAUGAUGUGGCCACAAAGCCCAGGGAAGAUCUCAGAACAGAACAGAAUCCAGUGGCAGGGGUGUCCCCUGAGGAAGAACUUCCAGAAACAGAUGACCUGGAUGGACUUCUGAGUGAGCUCCCUGAGGACUUCUUCUGUGGGACCAGGAGUUGGGACUGCCCCAAGGCAGGGCACCCACCAUAA